AUGGUGGACUGGCGCAGCGGCGGCUACUUUCAAGCACUUCGUGCGGCGAUCGUGAACCCAGCGGACAUCAACUUCUUCACAGAUCAACCAUCAGCACAGCCUUGGCUCAACAACACUCGGUACACCGCGACCAUCUCCCCAGCACGCAACCCGCAGACCGAAGGCGAGGACGAGCUUUUUGGUAAAGCACUCCAAACAGACGAUACGAUCCAACACUGGCUAUCACUGAUCUCCAACACCGCCUUCCCAAUUCUGGCGCCCAGACCACCCAGCGAAACACCGCUUCUUUCCGGUAAAUUUGACGCCCCAGAUGUCGUGAGCUUAUUGUAUCUCCAACACGGGAUCAACGGCUUCCGCGGGACCGCACACGGAGGAUUGCUAUGCGCUGUGCUGGACGAGGCGAUGGGGUUUACGGUCGAGCUGCAUCGACAUGCUAGUUCAUCCUCACGGGAGGAGCUCUAUACCGCUAAGGUGAAUAUAGACUAUCGGCGGCCUGUUUUGACCCCUGAUAUGGUGGUUGUGAAGACGUGGCUGGAGAAGAGGGAUGGUAGGAAGUGGUACUUGCGGGGCUUGGUCGAGAACAGCAAGGGGGAACGGUGUGUUGAUGUAGAGGGGCUUUGGGUGGCUGCAAGGCCUCGAAAACUUUAG